UCCUGCAAAGUCGUGGGGUGGUCACAAUAUGCGUCCGGCGCCGCCUCAUAUCGGCCCAGAACCACCAUAUGGGCCCGGAUUUAGAUCUCCGACGCCGAGGCAGUGGGCAUGCCGCAAGCUUCCCGGCCUCCUCUUUCCACACCGUCACACGCGUCGACGACCGCAAGCGAGCACAAUGGCGAAAAAGAAGAAUAAGCAAAUUAUCAGGCCAUGGUGUUGGUACUGUGAGCGAGAAUUUGAAGAUGAGAAGGUGUUAAUGCAGCAUCAGAAGGCAAAGCACUUCAAGUGCAAUAUGUGUCCUAGGCGUCUCAACACUGCUGGAGGUCUCGCAGUUCACAUCCAACAAGUACAUAAACUGGAACCUGAAAAUCUUCCCCGCAUAGAAAAUGCAUUGCCAGGCCGUGAUGGCUACGAAGUUGAAAUCUUUGGAAUGGAAGGAAUCCCAGCCCCAGAUGUAGCUGAUUAUAAACGUCGUAAGGAGAUCGAGUUAGGUCUUAACCCCGGAACCAUAACACAGCCUCAGGCCAAGCGACCCAAGAUUGACAAUCGUCCUCUCUCUGAAGAGGAACUGCGGGCUCAACUUGCAGCCCACAAGGCUUUGAUGGGUGCAGCGGAGUCGCAUGCUGCACCUACUGCAGAGGCCAGUUCUGGCACUGUGUAUGGUGCUCCACAAGCUUAUGCCGCUCCGCCAGUUCCUGCAGCAAUCUCUCCGCCUGCAAUGUCCCCUCAUGGAAUGCCUCCGAUGAUGCCAGGUGCGCCUCCUCCGUUUAUUCCAGGUGCGAUGCCUCCACCGGGCGCUUUCGGUGCGCCUCCGUUCAUGCCAGGAAUGCCACAUCCAGGACCGGGUUAUCCACCCAUGCCUCCGUUUGCAGGUUCUCCUCCACCUGGUAUGCACUUACCACCUCCACCUUUCCCUCCCGGCGUACGCCCUCCUUUCCCCCCUCCUCCAAGUUUCGUCCCAGGCAUGGCGCCAGGAUUCACGCCUCCUCCUCCCUCGGCAGGCCCUGGCAUGAUGCGACCUCCCCUAGGUGUGCCACCAUCCGCAUCCGUGUCUCCUCCACCUCCACCCGCAGGCUUCCUUGGCGGUAUUCCUCCGACGAUUAUGACUCCUCCUCCCAGACCAGCUAACGUGGGUGCUCCUGCUGAGCUGAAGAUGCAGAACCCUGCUUUGGCGCAGACGAAUCCUGCUUUCAAGAAGGCGACUGAUUUGAAGUGGAGUGAUCCCAACUUCUCUCCCGAUGAGAGGCGGGCGAACCACCCGAAGUAUUACUACCCGAAGGACGUUACGAAUCAGCAACUUCCCCGGUCUCAAUUCAGCGCCCAUGGAACUCAGGGACAAGAUGGCCCCCCUACUGUUUCACCUGGGGAUGAGCCCCGAGGCAAGAAACGGGCUAGAGCCGAGGACUUUUUAUAGCUGGAUUAAUAAAGGUUUUGUGGGUUUCUUUCCCCGCUUAUCUCAAUGUAUGCAAAGCAGGUUGCCAUCUCGUGGUAAUGGUGUCGACAUUGGGGCGAAGGAUCGAGGAAUGAGAUACAGGGAUCAUCAGUCCGUCCCAUCCAUGCCUCCUGUUUUCGUCUUUCAGGUUCAUCGUGCUCAUCAUUCCCUUCUCACAUGCGAUGUCAGGGCGGUCUGGUUGUCUAUCAUUGACUUGGUGCGGGAACGUUUCCUUUGUUACCUCUUUUUUUUUUCACCCUUCUCGUGUAUCGUUGCUUCCCCGUUGUUUCCGCUACGUGUAUAGUUGUAUACGGUCAGUGCCUCUUUACUUUACUACAAGCUUAUACAGAAUAGACAACAAGGUUGGUGACUCGCGCGGUGGUUUACCUACUCAUCUAAGUA